AUGUCGCGACUGGCUAUCUUUGCUUUUCUGCUUUCGCUGCUGCUUCCCGUUGAGUCCACCGAUUACGAUGUCGUUGUCAAUGAGAAAACGUGGUCUUCGUCUUGUGAUAGCGAAGAGGACGAAGGAAACACACCCCUCAGUGAGCUUGUGAACAUCAGCGACCUGACAUUUGUACUGGAUAAGGAUUUCGAGACGCUUUACAUAAGUGGCGACAUUACUGUCAAACUCCAGAUCCCCAAAACGCCCAUUGAAAUGGAGGUGAAUGUGAAGCACUGGGAACGUAGCCAUUGGGAACCGACAAUUAUCUCCCUAAAGCGCGACGACUUCUGUAAAUCCAUGGAGGAUCCGUUCGAGGUCUGGCACACGUAUGUCGUCACACAGAUACCCAAAGAUCAGCGAACAUGUCCUCCAGAAUUAGAACAUGUCUACAGCCUAAGGAAUUUCACAAAUCGAGUGCGAUUGGAGAAAAUGCCUCAUUGGGAUGUUGAAGGUGAUCUAAAGGCCGUGGUGCAUUUUACAGUCGGCAAGCUUAAGACCUGUAUUCCUGUGUACUUCACAAUUACUAUAGUAAAGUAAAGUA